AUGGAGCAGAAUCACAUCUACCAGUACUCGCUGCUCAAUGCCCUGAUGGACGGAGUCUGCGAGACUGGAAUAUCGGUCUCGAAGCUUUCUUCAAAGGGCAAUCAAGGGCUUGGUACUUUCGCUCGGAUGAAUGGCGAACUUCUGUUCCUGGACGGCGUAGUGUAUCAGCUGCUUCCCGGAGGAAAGACACGAAAAGCAGACGAGAGUGAUCAGAUACCAUUCGCCGUUAGCACUCAAUUUGUGCCUCAGCAGACCCGUAAAGUGGAAUUUCGCAGCAAAAACGACGUGGACGAGGCACUAAGGUCUUUCAACGAUCAUGCUGCAAAUUUGUUCAUGACAUAUCGCAUCGAUGGUCACUUUGAUUACGUCAAGUGCCGAACUGUCAGAGGGCAGGAAUAUGAAGGGCAGCCACUUUCAGAGCUUGGGGAGAAGCAAUCCGUCGAGGAGUACGAAAAGACGGAGGGUACAAUCAUCGGAUUCAGAACACCAAAGAACUGGCAGGGGUUCGGUGUGGCGGGCGAGCAUCUGCAUUUCAUCACUAAAGACCGCACAGCUGGUGGUCACGUCCUGGACGUCAAAGCAAAGACAGUGGAGAUGCAAAUGGCCGUUGCGGCGGACGUGCACGUACAGCUUCCAACGUCUGAUGACUUCAACGCUGCGACCCUCCUCACCGAUGAUGACGGAGUGAAGAAGGUAGAAGGAUGA